UGAUGAUGACAAGAUGCUUGGAAUUCCAGGAAUGACGAAGCAAAUGGAGCACAGGGGUAUCCCCAAUCGUAUCCUCUGUAAACUCGGUUGGGUUGUUCGCUUGCCAAACGGACGGAGUCGGGAGAGCCCGCGAAACAGCGAAUUACGUCUUAGUCCUUAUGAUGAUCUCUUUGAUCUCCGAGUCGAAUUAUUGUCGCUAAUGGACGAUCCCGUCGCAUUCAUUAGUUAUAUGUUUGACACUGAUGAUGAUAUUUGGAUUGAACGAUGCCAGAAAAUCAUCGCAAGAUACCGAACGUAGGAGGGAAAGGCAUCAAGAAGACGAUUUUUUUGAU